CGGAUGUGUCGGAGAGGGCUGCGCGUGCGCACACCGUUUAGUCAGGAGGACGGGUUGCUCGAGCCUGGCAAAGUUCUCUGAGGAAUCUGUGCCAUUACUCGCAUCAGCCAUCUAUUAGACGAAGUUAGAUAGUGAAACCGCUUUCUACAGAGCCAACAAAGGCUAUCUACUAACCACUGAAGACUUACUUUAUCCUGCUCUUGCCAGUUUUGAACUAGACUCUCUCUUGUGCCAGAAUGUCAUUGGGUAGAGCCCAACAGGAUCAUGGUCGUGGCAUGAAGAAAGAUGGUCAUAAUAUUGGAUUCUUUCCUGCAGCGCAGUCUGCAAAUGUCCAUGUGAAUCUUGGGAGAAUGAACCAGGGUGCACGAAUGGGUGGCUAUAUGAAUUUUGGACAGGGUCAGGCAGUGAACAUGCAAGGUGUGGGACAAGGACAUCAAAGUAUGUCUUCAGGUGGAGGGCCCUCUCGCUUCAGCAGUGCUUUGCCUUCCUUGUUUGAUGUAGGCAGUCGCAAUCAAACAUCAGUUGCCGUUCAAAAACAGAUUGAUGCAGACAGGGCCAGUAAUAUUUUAGCUACCUUUGGCCUUUCAUCCAGGGACUUGGAUGAACUGAGCCGCUAUCCUGAAGACAAACUUACUCCUGAAUCCUUGCCAGACAUUCUUAUGCAACUUAAAAGAAAAAGAAAUGAUGAAGGAACAUCUUUGAAUUACGGCAGAGGUGACAGUUCUCCUCGGGAUGAUCGUUCUUUCAGAACCUCCCGCAAUGAAUGGGAGGAAGAGAGGCGCUUUCGAAGUAAUUUUGAAGGUCGUGAUCCUGACGCUGAUCCAGUGGUCAAUUAUGACCAUGGUUCUUCUCGAGAGUCGAGUUCUAGAUAUUAUGACAGGAAGGACUAUGAUACUGAACGAUUGAGAGGUGAUGACUUCCGUAGAGAUGAUAUGCGUAUGUCUGAGUCAAUAUAUGAUUCCGAUUAUGGAAAAAUGGGGCCCUCUCCUUCCCGUGGGCAAGAAAGGCCUCUUUUUGAGAGAAAGCGAGGAUCUCCUUCACUGAGCAACAUAAACGAUUACCAUGGUUUCUUGCCAACAAUGUUCCCUCAUUUGUGUUCGCUGUGUGAUGUAACUGUUCAUUCUGUGAAGGAUUGGAACCAACAUAAGAACGAACCAGCACAUAAAAGGCGUUGCUUGCUGCUUUUGGAAAUCUACCCACAAUGGGUUCCAGAAGAUGUACCAUCCACAAGGAGCAAUCCAUCUGCACAGCAGACCAAUAUUGCACCGGAUGCUGCUUCUGCACUCCUUGCAGCUAUCAGACAGCUGGAUGCAAUGGACCCUCAUGGAGGAAACCGCAAAGGUGAAAUGCAGAACAAACGAAACUUGCAAAUGGAUGAACCUGGUCGAGUGCUUCACAUAACAGAAUUACCAAAAGGAAAAUGCAAAGUGAAAGAUAUCCUGCAACUUGCGCAACCUUUUGGAAUCAUUACGAAAUACUUGCUUUUAAAUACUAAGAGCGAGGGAUUUGUGGAAAUGGCUACAAAUGGGCAAGCACAAACAGCAGUUGCGUUUUACAGUAUGAAGCCAGCAAUCCUUUAUGGCAAAAGGGUUCGAGUGGGCAUGUCUCACAAAUACAAGGAAAUAGAUUUGAAGAAGCAAAAGCAAGAAAGGAGUGGUGGCAGGGUGGCACUCCUCCAGAACCUCCCUCCUUCUGGUUACUCAGAUGCUGAUAUUGUGAAAAUUGGUACUAGCUUUGGGAAAGUGCUUAAUUACAUUGUGAUGAGACUCCGGAAUCAGGCAUUUCUGGAAAUGGAGUCAAAGAAAUGUAUGGUAGACAUGGUUAAACAUUACAAGAAAACACCCUUAAUAUUUCAUGGCCGAAAAGUAACUGUGGAUGCAUCUCAGAAAUAUAAGACACUUGUAUUAAAGAAACCAAGCAUCAAGGUUCAAGAACUGUUGAAAGAACAGGAUGAAGCAGACAGAAGACGGCAGCGUUCCCGGAGCCCUUCCUCUAAGAAGAAGUUACCUAGCAAAUCAAAGAACCCUCCGAAAUCUGAUGGAGAAAAGGGAGAGCAAAGAACCUCUGAAAGUUCUCCUUCAAAAGAAGUUGGGAAGGAGAAUUCCAAGGGAGAAAACAAACCAGAAAUAAAAUCCGAAGAGAAAGAUGAAGUUUUAGAAGAAGCUGUCGCAGCUAUUGAGAGUGAAUCAGAGCUUAUUGAAGAAGGUUUGGUUGAGGAUCUGGGAAGUGGAGAGUCGGACAAUGAAGAAGCUGACCAAGAGGAUUUACUGAAGGAAACGGAGCAAGAAGUGGAAGGAGCAGACUCCAUGCAACCAGAUUCCAAAACGGAGAAGGAGACAAAUGUACAAAACACAGCAGAAACAACUAAGGCACCAAUUAUUCGAAGGAGUAAAAGACACCAACAAGCAGCAUCCCAGGAGUUGAAAGAAGAGUGCUUUCCUGAAAACAUUGAUGAGUUUGUGACUGUUGAUGAAGUUGGUGAUGUAGAAGCUGGAAAUCUGGAUCUUGAAGAUCUGAUGUCUUGUGAAGACAACAGUAAUAAAUUGGAAACUGAUGAUGCUGAUACAAGCAUCCAAACAGAGAAAUCAGAGGACACCGGUGAACAAAAAGAUGAGGAUGUGAACAAAGCUAAAAGAAAACGUGGUCGUAAGAGGGGAAAGAAUGUUAAAACUAAAAAGGCAGAACAAGGUGACAAAAAAGAUAGUGGUGAAGAAACAGAAGUGAAGCAAGUUGGAGAUGAAACAACUGAAAAUAAACUUGAUGGUGAUGAAAGGAAUGACGUGCAGGAAGAGACAACGUCAUCUUGUGUGGAGCCAGAAAGCAAGCGUGCUCGAUCACGAUCCCCUACUCCAGAUGAGUACAGGCUUGGACCAUAUCAGCCCAACAAUCCUGUAGGGCUAGAUUAUGUGGUUCCGAAGACUGGCUAUUACUGCACACUCUGCUGUCUGUUUUACACAAAGGAAGAAGUGGCAAAGAAAACACAUUGCAGCAGCCUGCCUCAUUAUCAGAAACUAAAGAAAAUGUUGGCUAAGCAAGCCGAAGAGAACCGAAAAGUUAAAACCGAAGAAAGUUCUGAAGUUCAGGCUUAAGAGCAACGUGACCAACGAAGAUUCCAGUGUUCAUUACUUUGUCUAACCAGCUAGCUGAUCAUCCUUAAAUUUACUAAUAUCUUCAGUGUCAUUUUUCUUUUGUCAUUCUGACAGUGUUUGGGGAUGUCUUUGUAUUGCUGUGUACAAGCAUGCGUGAAUAGAAGGCCAACAGUAAUCUCAUUUUUGGUUGCAGUCAUUAUAAUUGUUAAAUGGAAAAUUGUUUCUUGGGGAAAUUGGGCAAGUCAUUGUAUUUCUAGGAACAUUGCAGUGUGGAUUGAUAGCUUCUGUGCUAAUGCCAUAAAUAUCAGGUGUUGGGGGUUCUUGGAGAAAAAAGAAUCGUUGGUCCAAACAUGCCUUUUUUUUUGUUGCAAAGAUAUUUUGCAGUGUGGGGCUAUUUUAGAAAUCUGUGGAACUUAAUUAUUUUUGUUGAAGGUAAAGUAAAAGGUUAAAACAAUUUGGAUGUUCAAUAUUUAUUACAGAUUCGAUAUUGUUUCUUUAAGGACUAAUUAUUCUAUAUAACUCAGAAGUUACUCGAACAAGUGUCGACAGUGUUCACUUGUUCAGUAUUGCAGUUUGGUUGUGCCCUUAGUGAACCUUGCACCUCCAUAGGAUAGAAAGUGGAGGGCGUGGUUACAGAAUUGAUGUGGGAACUUGAAAGAGCCAUAACAAUGGUAGGCAAUCUGUUUGAUAACACUGGAGUGUAGGGUUGGUUUCAGCUAAAUUAACAAUUGGUUUUUGAAAUAAUGCUCCUAAGUAUCAGCAACCCAACUAGUAAAAGUGAAGGGCAAAAAUAUAUUUUAGAUUUGUUUUCUUGAACUGAUUUUUUUUCAAAACUGUUGGUGGGCGGGGGCGGUAAUUUGAUUAGCCAUGGUUAUGUUCAGCAAAUAUUGAAAUUUUUUUAAUAGACUGUGUACCAGUUCUGCAUACAAAUAGACCGAUUACUUUAUAACCCACGUUCAAAAAAGAGGUAGAAGUUGUGCUAAAGACGUUUAAACAUUUUUGCUUAAGUCCUUUCCUGCACUGACGAAUUACAUGUUGGCCAACUUGCACUCAACCUUUUCUCUCAAACAUUUCCAGCAAAAUACAAGUUAACCUGACAAAAGUGAUGAAGCAAUUUUUUGAAUAUUUCCCUUAUGCACACAUUCUGAAUUUCUAAAUUAUAAGUAGUCAGGCUGGAUUGAACUUCUGGUUUUUAUGGGGAAAUCUGUCAGUGUUGUGACUUAAAAGAAGAAUGCUACAUUGUUGAGAAAAUAUGAAAGUAAUGUAAGACUUUUACAUUAAUACAACAUUUAAAAUUUCUGCAACAUAGCUGCAUUUCUUCAUUCAGUACUACAGUUUAAUGUUUUUAUUUGUUUAGAAUUUAGCUCUAUCAACAUUACAUAAGUAGAAAUAUUAUUGCAGAAAAUAAAUUGUGUUUUGAAAUAGUCUGUCAGUUUGUCUGGAGUAACCUGACCUUUUGCAUUCCUGUAUAUAGUUAUUCUAUCCAGCUUUACCAAUCAGCUAGAGGCAGUUACCAACCACUCUCUCUCUCAAGCCUGCAUGCGCACGCCUUCAGAAACUGCUGGCAGAUAAUGCAUAACUAGAUUUUAUUGGCUGUCCAUUUUAGUACUAACCAUCUGAAGUUUUUUUAAAAUAUCAAGUGAUCCACUUGUGUUUGAAUUCACAGGUUUCCCCAAAAAUUCCAUAUCAUGGCCCAGUUGGUCCUUGACUUAUUGUUACCUUUUGUCAUGCACAAGUGAUUGUGAGCAACUCUUUGAUCCAGCUUACUGCAUAUAAACAAAUUCUGUUGUAAAUAGUUUUUAAUAAACCAUUGUUGUGACUGAAGAUUACUGUCGGACCAGGAUUCUGUUGGUAUAAUGUGUUGAUAAUUCUGUCACUGGAAUGAGUACACUGCUCAUCGUCUUAUUUUUAUCAUAAUUUUAAGUUUUUUUUUUCCCCAAGUAGUAGCUUUUAAUGUUGGUAUCUAUUUUAGAUGUGGAUGAACUGCAAUGUGGAUAAAUGUUUUGGUUAGUUACCUUACACGUGACCUGCUGGGAGUUGUGCUUUCUUGGCAAGUAUUUCCUGCAUGGGUGUGGAGUAAUAAUAAAUGCUUCCAUGCGAUUAAGUUUGCUAAUGAAAGUGUUUUGUCUAAACAGAAUACAGUAUAUGCAGCCAACUGUGUUUAACAAAGGAAUUGUGUGAAACACUGCAGCUUUAAUCACGAGGCAGCAAUGUAUGAAAACUGCUGUUAUGUAAUGUUUUGGUUUGAGUAGAACUAAGUUUUGUAACAGUUUAUGUUCAAAUAAAGCUCCAGGUUUCUAAGA